GCUCUUUCUUUCAAAUACAAAUUUUUCGUGGUCGUUGAAGGUUGUUGCUAGUUCGCGCUACAGAAACAAAAGGCAAAAAGCAAAUUCAAAUUGAUUUUGAGCAACACUCAACAACAAAUGCAAUAGAGAAACACGCUGGAUUAAAGUGUUUUUUUGUUGAUCAAAUUUAAAUUACAAAAGUGCGUGUCAAGUGAAAAACACAAUAACAACAACAACAACUCGCAAAGCUCGCAGCUGAAAAACCAAAAAGAAAAGAAAAAACAAAAGUAUCUUAAAAUAAAGUAAUUUAUUUGUCGCAAUAAAUUCCUCGCAAGUAACCGGUACGACCGUGUAAAAAGCCGCCAAAAUUCUACUCAAGGAGCGUAAAGCGAUCAUCUCGAGAAUGAAAUCCCUGACUGCGGUGUGUCAGACAGGCGCCUCCAUGCCGGCCAUGAAUCCCAACGGACGUAUUUCGCGUCAUCCGCCGCAUCGCGGCGACGGCGAGAAUGCCGAGAUGAAAAUGUAUCUGUCCAAGCUGAAGGAUCUGGUGCCCUUCAUGCCCAAGAAUCGCAAACUCUCCAAACUGGAGAUCAUCCAGCAUGUCAUCGACUACAUCUGCGAUCUGCAGACCGAACUGGAAACGCAUCCCGAGAUCAACAAUUUCGAUGCAGCUGCCGCGCUCAGCGGCGUCGCAGCAGCCGCAGCUGCCGGCGGCGACAUUGACGAUGACAGCGAUGAGAUGGAGAUGGAAAUGGAGAUGAACUUGAAUGCAGGUGGCGAUGUUUUGGCCAUGCGUUUGGCCGCCGAGCAGGAGCAGCUUGCCAAAAUCUCUAGUCCCGCUGCCGCCGCUCGCUUACCGUUGAUCGAUCGACAGAGCCCCAACACAAUUCUGCCCGCCGCAGCGUUGGCGUUGGCGUCAGCAGCAGCAGCAGCAGCCGCCUCAGCAGCAGCAACAGCAACAACGGCGCCAGUGCAACAACAACAACAACAGCAGCAGCUGUCCGACAGUUUAACGACGCAAAUCAGCGGCGAAAAGGACAGCAGGCAAUCGUAAAGCAGCUGCAGCUGAAUGUAGUUGAUAAAUGAAGGAGAAGAAGAAGCAGUUGGUGAUGAUGAAGAAGGGGCAGAAGAACUACAACUAAAACUAAACAUUUAAAGUUACACACACAUACAUAUUGUAGGCAGUGUAGUACAGUCAACUCCACUCACAAACUCCACUCAGACUCAAGCUCGUGUGAAGAUCUCCGCAAUAAGAAAGCAAAACAAAACAAAACAAAAAAGAAAAGAAAAUCAAUUAAAAUAUUUACAAGUUACAUAAAUAGGCACUGCAGCCACGCCCACAGUGGGCACAGUGGGUGCUAAAGCAUUUCACACCAAUACAUUGAAAGAGUUUAGUUUUAAAUAAUAACAACAACCUAACUAAGUAGAUAUAUAAUGAAAAAACAUUGUAAGCACUAUAAAUAAUAUUAUUAACUCUUAACGUUUAACAAUUAACUAUUAGCAGCAGAUAACUAUAAAGAUAAUAAAGUAGAUGAAGAAGACGAUGAAGAUGAA